AUGGGUAAAACACAAAAUAUUGCCACAGCAUUAAUACUUGUAGGAGGAUACGGUACAAGAUUACGUCCCUUAACUUACACUGUACCCAAACCCCUAGUUCCUUUUGUAAAUAAGCCUAUUUUAGAGCAUCAAAUUUGUGCACUUGCAAAAGCAGGCGUAAAUCAAAUUAUUCUCGCUUUAAAUUAUUAUUCAGAUUUAAUAAUAGAAGAAGUAAAAGUUUACGAGAACAAGUAUAACAUUAAGAUUAUUUAUUCAAAAGAAGAAAUUGUGUUGGGUACAGGAGGACCUUUGGCUCUUGCCAGUAAAUAUUUAAAUGGGAAUUUUUACGUUUUAAAUAGCGAUGUUAUAUGUGAUUAUCCUUUUGUAGAAAUGAUGAAUUAUCAUUUAAACACAAAAAAUGAAGUCACAAUGCUUACGACGCAUGUUGAAGAUCCGUCACGAUACGGAAUAGUCGUGACACAUGAAAAUUCUAAAAAAGUUAAAAGUUUUAUUGAAAAACCAUUCAAUUCUGAAAUAAAAAGGAUUAAUGCAGGAAUAUACGUUUUUAAUGAGUCUAUUUUAAAGCGCAUAGAAAUAAGAGAAGUGUCUUUAGAAAGGGAAAUUUUUCAAGAAGUAGUUAAAGAUAAUCUUUUAGGUAUUUAUGAACUUAAUGGAUUUUGGAAUGACAUAGGGCAAAUUAAAGAUUAUUUAAAUGGACAGCACUCGUACUUAAAAAAGUAUAAUUUAGAAAAUUGUGAUGUAACUAAAAACGUGGUAAUAGGUAAAAAUGUUACUAUUGGACAAAAUGUACAAAUUGAAAAUUCAACCGUAUUUGACAAUGUUACAAUUGGAAGUAAUGUUAUAAUAAAAGAUAGUAUUAUUGGAUGGAAUUCUAUUAUUCAAGAUAAUGUACAGAUUAUAAAUGGAAGUGUAUUAGGAAAUUCGGUAAAUGUAUCAACAGAUUGUAUAUUAGAUUCAUAUUUAGUGAAUCCAAAUAAGAUUAUAAAAUUUUAA